AUGGAUCUUUUAAAUUGUGGAUUUGAAAACUGGAGAACAGUUUUAGUUGCUUUUGUUGUGUUGAUAAUUUACUAUAUUUUUACUAGACGUGAGCAAGAUGUACCACCAGGACCAAUUCGAUGGCCAGUGGUUGGAAAUCUGGGAUCUAUGAUUGGCAGAGAUACACUAAAUAUACUUGCUGAUUUACGGUCAAAAUAUGGUGAUAUCUAUGGUGUAUAUAUAGGAUCGGAACUGACAAUUUUUCUCAACGGAUACGAAGUAAUUCAUGAAGCUUUGGUCAAGCACGGAACGGUUUUCUCUAAACGUCCAAAACUUCAGCAGCGAGGUAAACAACCUCAUGCAAUUAUAUUCGGAAAUGGUGCAUCUUGGAAGGAACAUAGAAAAUUUAUCUUGCAUACCUUUCAUCAUCUUUGUUUUAGAAAAACUGGACAAACUUUGGAGGGACGAAUAACUGAAGAACUGACCUAUUUUACUGAAAAAUUAAUCAGUUUUAACAACAAAGACGUAGAUAUAUCGCAUAUUGUUACUCUAAGUUUCGCAAAUGUUUUAUAUAACAUUUUACAUGGACAACGCAUAGGAUACGAUAAUGCAAAAUUCAAAUGGUAUCUUGAAAAAAUUGAUGAAGCAUUUAAGGAUCACGCCAUAACACAAGUAUUGAACGCUUGCUUCCCGUUUCUCCGCUAUUUACCAGGUGACCUUCUCCGCGAAGAAUUCAAGGACAAGGCUAUAGAAGAAUUCGCCAAAUAUUAUGACGAAAUAUGUCGCGUGAACUAUGCAAAAUAUAAACCAGAUGAUAAGGAUUGUUUCAUUGACUUUUGGAUCGCAGCCAAGGAAAAUAAUGAUAUUUUUCAAAAAGAAAAUCUAUGGGUUGUUUUGAACGAUUUAAUGGCUGCUGGGAGUGAAACAACAGCAACAACAUUGAAAUGGGUCAUACUAGCUUUAGUUAAAUAUCCUAAUAUCCAGUCAAAGCUACAAAGAAAAGUAGAUGAAGUUAUUAACAAGGACAAGACGCCUUCCGUGUCAGACAAAGUGAAUCUACCAUACGUCGAGGCGACAAUCUUAGAAGCUCUCCGAUUUGGAAGCGUUGUACCCCUUUCGGUACCACACGCAGUCUUACAUGAUACCAUGUUCAAAGGAUAUAAAAUACCGGGACAUGCUACAAUUUUACCAAACAUUUCCUCCGUACACUUUGAUCCCGAUAUAUUUCCAGAACCCAAUGUAUUCAAACCUGAACGAUUCCUUAAUGAGACAGAGACGUCCAUUACUGGGAAUGAGAAACUAAUCCCGUUUUCACUAGGGCCUAGGUCAUGCCUUGGUGAAACUCUUGCACACAUGGAAUUGUUCCUUUAUGUAACUACACUUGUGCAGAAACUAGAGUUUCGAGCUCCAGAUGAUGGUGAAUUACCGUCGUUAAAGGGAGUGUUUGGGUUGACUCGCCGCCCACUAGAUUUCAGAGUAAAUAUUCGUAUGAGAUCGAAAAUGUAA